AUGGGUUCGAAUACCGAAUUCGCUACUAUGCCCCCGCCACCCAUGGCACGUUUUACGACAGAUACCAAUCCAGGCAUGAUCAAUGAGGCGCAAAAUACACAGAUAUUAGAUAUGUCGGCAGAGGGUGUUACAUUUCCACGGGAAGGACUGGAUAGCAAUGUCUCCAUACCGUCUAUGACCUAUGCAUCCAGUUCAAGUGAACUAUCGUCGGUAUCCUCAAUAUCUACACACGAGGGCUUCAGCUCAACGAUGAUCGCAACCGGGGAUACAUCAAAUAUUAACUCAAAAGGGUUUAAUCUAACGCCAGCUAAACCUGAACUCCCGUUGAAAUAUUCAACUCCUCUCGCGGGUUGGAGAAAUAUCGCACCCGCUCCGCCUCCUUCAACCGCGCUGCCACCCUCUACGGCGGCCAUUGCUUCAGCUGCUACGGUGGGGGAUCAUACGGGCACGGGGGGAUCUACAGUACCCCUUGUGUCAACACCAAAAGCGAGUCCCUCUAAACCAGCCCCACGACGCCGUAGAACAGCUGGAGGUGCGAAGCCACGAACUUCUCGAAAAUCUGGCAGAUAUGGCGAGCGUAAUGACGACGAGGGUGUCAUUAAAGCGGAGGAUACGGACUCUGAUGAGUCUUCUGAUGCUCAGCUAACAACUACACAGACAAAAUCAGGCCGCCAGAUCCACCGGCCAACUAUGUUCACCACCGAGCAGGUCCAGAAAAAAUCUGCUAGUCCAGAUGCAAAUCAUCAACAGCCUCCACGGAAACGGAGAAGAGUGUACCGCAAAGGCAAAGAAGUUAAUGUGGUAUGCCUUCGAUGUGAUAGAGGGCAUAGUCCGAGGUGUAAUGCUAUUGUGUUCUGUGACGAUUGCAAUGCACCUUGGCAUCAAUUUUGUCAUGAUCCGCCAAUCGGGGACGACGUUAUCUCUGUGAAGAAUAAGGAGUGGUUUUGCGGAGAAUGUCGACCCAUCGACACGUCUCUUAACCAAACUCUCAAACAAAAUGGACAAAUUCACCAUCAAAACGAUUUGCGCUCAUCGGCCUCGCCCUCUAUGCAAGCAAGUGGGCCACAAACCCCUACAUUACUUGGAGGCUCGCAAUUUACUCGGGUAGAGAGGAAGAAUUAUCUUUCUAGUUUAUCUCAUGCUGCCCUGGUUAAUCUACUGGUCAAUAUAUCCGACACAAGACCAGAUAUCCCUAUAUUCCCCGCAAACCUGAAUGAACUCAACACAUCAUCUUUUAGCUCCACUGCCUCAACAAUAUCGUCCUCAGUCGCUCCAAACGGGUCUACUGGGAGUUCGCAACAACGUAAAAUAUCAGGACAGCCUGCAACGUCAACUCCACCAUCAUCGAAACGGCCGUCCGAAAGCGUUCCCGCUAGCACAACCAAUGGUAAUGGUGAGAAUAGCGAUGUGGAGGAAGUAGAAGAACACCGUUUAUAUCCAAGACCAGGCAAUGGUUUCCGACUCCCGCCUGAUUCCGAAGAUAUAGACAUGCUUCUUGAGGACCCCUCUAGCACGACUUUCAGUCAUGCACUUCAUGGGCCGGCAAAAGCGAUGGCGGAAACUAGCCACUUACAAAUUGUUGAUGGGAUAGCUUAG